AUGCCCGCCAUUCGGACGGCGCACGACGAGACUUCUCGUGCGGAUACGCACCACCAAUCGCGCCUUUCGAAAUGGCUGACGAAAACAACCGUCACCUCUGCACUGGAAGGACAGGACAACGUCGAACUAAAUGAAGAACAGGAGGGAGCGCUGCGGUUGGUAGUUGAGGAUCGGCGCAAUGUUUUCUUCACCGGGAGCGCUGGCUGUGGUAAAUCGCUCCUGUUGCGCCGGAUGAUCAAGGACCUCCAAAAACGACAUAUCGAUGAUGGCCCCUAUGCCGUUGCCGUGACGGCCAGCACCGGCAUCGCGGCUCGCCACAUCGCUGGUGUGUUACCCAAUCUUCAUAUCACGACAGCGCUCGAGGAAUUGCCUAGUCGAGAAGAUUCAGAAGAAUCCGCGGUUGCUGGAAAGAUGGAUCGAUGCCAAGUAUCGAUGAUACAUGGAGAUGUUCUCACUCUCGCCAACGGAGUCGGCAGGAAGAUACGGAGAUCCGACGCACCCUUUGGCGGGAUUCAGCUUGUCCUCUCAGGCGACUUCUACCAACUUCCCCCCGUUUGCACGAACAAGAAGAAGCUGCAGUUCGCAUUUGAGUCACAGGCUUGGAUCGACGCUAUUGAAAUCAAAAUCGAAUUGAAACGUGUUUAUCGGCAGAGCGAAGACGGCGAGGCUUUCAUUUGA